UUAUUUUGACUACAGCUUGACAAGACAACUAAACAGGAAGAUGAAGACAGAGAGAUGCAGUAAAGGGCAUUUUGCUUUCUUUGCUGCAGCAUUUGUUUCUUUGUGUUUGCACGUAAGUGCAAAUCAUACUGGACAUCCCAUGGUUACAAGUGACACCUGGAAUUCUACCGGCCCGAACCCACGCGGAAGCCUGAACAGAAGCGAAGCCAGCACAAAGGUGCCUUUGAGCACUGCUCCCAGCAGCAAAACAAGGGCUACGUUUGGGAAGCAGCCUGGCACCUCUCAGCCCUGGGCUACAGCAAGGGCCCCAAGUCCUUCUCCUGUCACAAGCGCCGUGUCUGCCGCUGGGGGACCUAGGGACGCCACCAAGGCCAAGACAACAGCCACAAAAGGAACGACCAAGAAAACGUGCGAGGACAAUAAGCCUCUCAUACUGAUUUGCUUCAUUGUAAUCGCAGUACUCGUGCUUAUCUGCACCUUCUUACUUCUGUCAACAGUUGUACUGGCAAACAAAUUGUCCUAUCUCAAAAAAGCCAAGCAAGGCAAACGCACGCCCAGGAGCAACAGUGAUUUUCUGGCUGCCAACAGCUUCUGGCCGACCGCGGCGGGAACCUGGCACCGGCUGCCCCGGGAGCGAGGCCUGCUCAUGCAGGAGCUGGUGCCCGAGCGGGAAGCGGCACUGCGGAGCAGGGCCGAGGACGCGGCUGCCCGGCCCAGCAAAGAAACCAGCGCACCUGAAGGAGUUCUAGCCAAUUUUGUAGUUGAGAUUUAA